GCGAUUGCAAAAUCUUAUUAUACCCUACCAUUAUUACUUUCGCUCUUCACUUACUCGGUUAGUGCCUUCUCAUCUUUUACGUUUCAUUAAAGCUAGCGGCCAAUUACUUAAUUUGUUUAACCUUUUCUUCAUCUUUCAUCAAUGGCUGACUGGGGCCCCGUUCUUAUUGGUGUGGUACUCUUUGUGUUGCUGCAACCGGGGCUUCUGUUUCAGUUACCGGGACACGGCCGCUGCUUGGAGUUUGGCAGCAUGAAGACCAACGGCAAGGCUGUUGCUGUUCACACUCUUAUCUUCUUUACGCUCUAUGCCAUCCUCAUCUUGGCUGUUCACGUCCACAUCUAUACCGGAUGAAAUAGCUUCUAUAUAACAGAUCUGAAUGCGGGAAUGUAGGGUUUGGUUUUUGUUUGCAUCAUUUCAAUUCGUUUAAGACCAAAGCCUGUACGUUUAGGCAGUUAUUUGAGCUUAAGAAAGAGUAAAAAAAUGGAGACCAAUUUUUCUGUGUA